AUGAAUUGCAUUUGGGUUACUGUAUUCCUGAUUGGCGCGAUUCAGGCUUCACUGGAAGCUGUGGAGAGUACUGUGUCCACUACUUUAUCCACUACUGUAUCUACUACUGUAUCCACUACACUACCCCCGAUCGUUCCACCAUUUGUACCGAUUCGGAAAAGACAGGUAGUGAAUGGAGGUGUUCCUUGUCCGCCGAUUGUCGUCGUGAAUGGAGAAGCCAACUAUAUUCAAGCUUCUCUAACCCAACAAUAUUCCUCGGGCACCUCGGCGACAAUCACCUGUAACCUUGGUUUCAUCAUUAAUGGAGCAGCGACGGUGAAUUGUGCAAAUGGGGGCUGGCUUCCAUUACCCGGUACUUGCACGCCAACAACAGCGCCGGGUCUUCCCGGUCUUCCCGGUCUUCCCGGCUUGCCAGGCAUUCCACCAAUCGGUCUACCGGUGCCUGGAGCUCUUCCUUGUGGCGAUAUUCUGGUGCCAUUGAAUGGAGCGGUCACCUACACUGGUGGCACGGGUACAGCGCCCGGUGCACUCCAUCCAUCGGCUUCAUCGGUGACUUUAACCUGUAAUGGUGGCCAUGUGCUUCAAGGAACAGCCACCUCAAUCUGCACGAAUGGACUCUGGAAUCCACCGUUGCUCGGUAAUUGUCCA